AUGGAUCUGUUUAACAAAGUUCUCAACUUUUUCCUGUCAGUUGCACUUCCCAUUGAUGGCAAUGAUGACAAGAUUGUGGGGGGCUACACCUGUGAGAAGAAUUCCCUGCCCUACCAGGUGUCCCUCAACAUUGGCUUCCACAACUGUGGUGGCUCCCUCAUCAGUGACCAGUGGGUACUGUUGGCAGCUCACUGCUACAGGCCGAACAUUCAGGUGCGUCUGGGAGAACACAACAUCAAUGUCAUUGAGGGUGAUGAGCAAUUCAUUGAUGCCGUCAAGAUCAUCCCACACCCCAACUUUUCAAAAGAUACUGCGGAUAAUGACAUCAUGCUUCUGAAGCUGAAAUCACCUGCUACCAUCAGCUCUCGUGUAUCCACUAUCUCUCUGCCAAGAUCCUGUCCAACUGUGGGGACUGAGUGUCUUGUGUCUGGCUGGGGCAACACACUGAGCUCUGGAGUCAAAUAUCCUGAUCUUCUGCAGUGCCUGGAUGCCCCAGUGCUCUCUGACACUGCUUGCCAUAAGGCCUACCCAGGCAUGAUCACUAGCAACAUGUUCUGCCUGGGCUUCCUGGAGGGGGGAAAGGACUCCUGCCAGUGUGACUCUGGUGGCCCUGUGGCCUGCAAUGGAGAGCUCCAGGGCAUUGUCUCCUGGGGCACUGGCUGUGCUCUGAAGGGCAAACCUGGAGUGUACACCAAGGUCUGCAAAUACUUGGACUGGAUUCAGGAGACCAUUGCUGCCAGCUAA